ACUUAAAUAUAGAACAAGGUUUAGAAUUAGCUCAUAACCAACUUAAUAAUAAAAUUCUAGCAUUAAUAAUUAAAAUAAAAAAUUUGGCAUCUUUUAGUUAUGAGUUCUAUCAUUCUAGUAACUUAGAAAUAUUAGAUCUUAAGUCUGAUAUAAAUUUAAAAAAAAGUUGGAAUUUGAUGAUUUUUAUGUUAGAAUAUAUACAAGCACUUAAACCUACUUUGGACUUACUUGUAGCUAAUAACCAAAUAGUUAACAAUUUUUCCUUUAAUAAAGCAGAAUGGGUUGCAAUAAAUGUUACUCUUAAACUAUUUGAACAAACCACAAUGUAUUUUUACGAAUCAUAUCCAACUUUAGAUGAUAUUUGUAGUAUCAAUAUUGCAAAAACUCUCGGAAUAAUAGAUCAAUCCUUUAUAUUUUUAGCUAUUUUGGACUCUCAGAUUAAACAUUUAGUUUUUUCAGCUUACUUAAUACAAAACGUGUAUGAACAAAUUAAAACUAUGUUUAAUGCAAUUAACACUACCAUAUUGUCUACCAAUAGACUGAGUUUUGCUGUCAACAAUAUUAAACAAGAAACGGCACUUAAUAAUGAAUUCUCAAGUUCUAUUACCUUACUAUUAUCAGAGUUAAACCAAUAUCUUAUAUUGCCAGAAGACAAAAAAAUCGAUCCCUUUUUAUAG